AUGUUCAAUUCAAUAUAUCGAUCAUUGAUUAGACGCAAACAAAUUGAUCUGGAUAAUGUCAAUAUUAGUGAAUUGGCCCGUGUAUUGUCAAUGUUUGAUUUAAUUUGCCUGGGUAUCGGUUCAACAUUGGGCACCGGUGUCUAUGUAUUGGCCGGUGAUGUGGCCAGUGAAAAAUCGGGACCCGCUGUUGUUAUAGCAUUUUUAAUUGCUGCUAUAUCAUCAAUGUUUGCUGGUUUAUGUUACGCUGAAUUAGGCUCACGUGUGCCACGUACCGGCUCAGCCUAUGUAUACACUUAUGUAACUGUAGGCGAGUUUAUGGCAUUUAUAAUUGGCUGGAAUCUCAUACUUGAAUAUAUUAUUGGUACGGCAUCGGUAGCCCGUGCCUACUCAGUCUAUUUGGACGCCCUAUGCGGAGGUACUAUAUCUAAACACCUGCGCCAAUGGGUACCCAUAAAUGUAUCGGAAUUGGGCUCAUAUCCCGAUCCAUUAGCAUUUGCAUUGACACUAGUGUUGACAGUAUUGUUGGCCAUCGGUGUUAAAGAGUCGAUACGUUUGCAUACAUACAUGACUUGUGUUAACCUAUUGGUUGUAGUGUUUGUGAUAGUGACCGGCAGUAUUAAUGCCGAUACACAUAACUGGGCCAUACGUAAGAGUGAAAUACCCGAUAAAUAUGCCAAAUAUGGCGGCGACGGCGGGUUUUUGCCGCACGGUUUCGCCGGUUUGAUGGCCGGAGCGGCCACUUGUUUCUAUGCAUUUGUCGGUUUUGAUGCCAUCGCCACCACCGGCGAGGAGGCGAAAAACCCUAAGCGGGCCAUACCGUUGAGUAUUGUCAUAUCGUUGUCCGUCAUAUUUCUGGCCUAUUUCGGUGUCUCAGCCGUCCAGACACUGAUGUUGCCCUACUAUAUGCAAAACAAACAGUUCACUAACGGCGCUACUUUCCCCUAUAUCUACGAUCAGUUGGGCUGGCAUUGGGCCAAAUGGAUCGUAUCUAUAGGUGCACUGUGCGGACUAUCGACCAGUUUGUUGGGCGGCAUAUAUCCGUUGCCCCGUAUAUUCUAUUCGAUGGCCAGCGAUGGCGUAAUUUUCCGAUCGCUGGCCACUGUCUAUCGACGCUCGCAAACACCAUUGUUGGCCACUUUUAUUGGCGGCCUAUUGUGUGCCGUAAUGUCGGCACUGUUUGAUAUAUCACAGUUGGCCGAUAUGAUGUCUAUUGGUACUCUAUUGGCCUAUACAUUGAUAGCCGAAUCUAUACUUAUAAUCAGGUAA